AACAUGCUGUGUUGGAGUUUAAACUUUGUCCCGCAGACGCAGACGCAGACGCGGCGAGCCCUGCGGCAGGAACAAGCGGCUUUUAAAGGAGAUUUCAUAGUUUCCUUGAAAAGGUACAAUCCUGGGACCGGACUGAUGGAGCACUACUCUGAGCAGGGCUGCGGUGGAAUGGACUUGUUAGACCUUCUAUUUGACCAGACUGAUGGAAUCCUACGUAACGAGGAACUAGGGCACCAUGGAAACCAAGCCUGGCCAAUCCCAGAGCGUGGUAUACCAGUUGAUGGCACCACCGACUUCCUGAAUGCCUUGCUGAGUGGCAGCGAUUCUGUGUCGGGUUCCCCCCUGUGGUCCCCCUCUCCCAGCGACAGUGGCAUCAGCGAGGACCCCCACUCAGAUCAAAUGGACAGCCCCCCGCCCCCUGACAGCCCCCCUGUGGAGCCCCACUGCCGCAGGGCUCUCCCUAACACCAAAUCGGCUUUGGACGGCUUUGUGGAGCCUGACUUCUCAACUAACCUGGCAGACGGCUGGCCCUACAGCUUCGUCGCCGGGAGCGCCGCGGGGAGGCCGCCUGCGUCGGAGCUGCGCGAGGGCCACUCUGCGUCGCCCGCGUUCCCCCUCACCGUCAAAGACCUGCUGCUCUCCAGCGCCGCCGAGCAUGGUUUAAUGCCCACCUCUUCCUGCCAGACUCAGCAGCCUUCCCAUCAGCCCUUUCAGGAACUCAUUCUCAAUGACGACGAGAAGAAGCUUCUGGCAAAGGAGGGUGUGACUCUGCCCUCCAAGUUGCCCCUGACCAAGUAUGAGGAAAGGAUCCUGAAGAAGAUUCGCAGAAAGAUCCGGAACAAGCAGUCAGCCCAGGAGAGCAGGAAGAAGAAGAAGGAAUAUAUUGACGGACUGGAGAGCAGGAUGGCAGCAUGCAAUGCACAGAACCAGGAACUGCAGAGGAAGGUCUUUCAGCUGGAGAAACGCAACACGUCUCUGAUGGAGCAGCUGCGCAGACUGCAAGUCAUGGUCAUGAGCGGGUCCAACAAAACAGCGCAAACAGGGACCUGCAUCCUGGUGCUGGUCCUGUCUUUCUCCCUCAUCCUGUUCCCCUGCCUGCAGCCGCUCUCCGAGAGCAAAGCUCGUGACGGAGGAGACUUCGGCCUGGUGAGAGUGCAGUCCCGGUCCCUGCACAACGUCCUGUCCUCGCGCGUGCUGGAGAGCCUGGAGCACGACCACCCCGAGGCGGACCAGGAGCCGUUCUCGGCGGACGGCGGGGUGGAGGAGAUCGCGGCGCUCCUGGGCCGCUCCGCCCUCGGCCCGGAGCCCCGCAACGCCAGCCUGGGCGAGGGGAGCCAUCGCCACGGGGACCCCAUCACCGGCCACAUCGCCACGGUGACCUGGGCGGCGCGCCACGACACGCCUCUCCGCUCCUACGCGGAUGAUAUGUGAACGGGGGUCGGG